AUGUUCGCAUUCCCGGCGGAGAUUCUGACGGAAAUCGGCUCCCACCUCGACCCCUCUAGCCAGCGCACUGCGCGCCUGACCUCGCGCGCAUUGAACGCGGCGUUGGAGCCGCUGGUGCUUAGGCUGUUCCCACUCAAUGUACAUCUGUUGUCGAAAAGCGGGGCGCUGGAACUCAUGGCGGACAUUGUGGCGGGAAGAUCCAACUGGCCGCGUUACGCGAAGACGCUGCAGGUGCUGCGGCGGUGGGACCCCAAGCAGGGCAUGGCGCCAGAAGAUGAAGACGUCGUGAAGGCUAAAGCUGCGAUGCUAGCACAGGUCCUCGAGAGAAUGAGCGGGAUGCGGAGCAUUUACUGGUGCAUCCGCGACCGCGACUUUGUCUGGAUGCACACCGCUGUUCAGGGGGCGCUCAUGAGCUUCCCCAUGCUCGAGAAUUUGGACGUGCAAAUCAUGAAGCCCGAGAUUCUCGCUGUCAACAUCGCGGCCAUCCGGAAUCUCAAGACCCUGACGGUUACCGCAUAUCCCACUCUCUAUUCAGAAGAGGUGACGUCAAUCGAGAAACAGGCUGCUAUGGUCGUCGCGCAGAGUCCGGGCCUCGUUUCGCUGCACCUUAUGCACCGGGACUACGACUGCGUCUGGACCAGUCUUCCCGCAGACAUCCCACUGACGACAUUGCACACCGACAGCGUCACUCCAGGCCUCCUCCGCUACCUUGCGAGCCACUCGGGCAUGACCGACGUCGACCUGUACGUGCACGCCAAUAGCGCGGCGGCCGCGAACGCUCUCGCCGCCACAUUCUUCGCGGCUGUCCUCCCACGCCACGCACCAACGCUCGUCAGUUUAGCGUUUCGGUCCUCCUACGAGAGCCACUGGAGCAUUGGGCCGCAGUCAAUCGACGUAUUUCGGGAUCUACACCUCCCCCGCCUCACACAUCUGAACGUUACCGUCAACAAAGCGGACCUCGUCGACGCUGCGGCCGAGCACAACGCGGUAGCCAUGGCCCUGAAUCUUAUCCCGCGGCUGCCCGCGUUAAAAAUGCUGCAGAUCGGGUAUUCCUCCUCCGAAGGCACCCGCCGCGCGCGCUGCGGCAACCCACGGUUGAUGCACGGUCGCACGAUGCGUGAUGCAAUCAGCACCGCCGUCGCCGACUUCCGGACGGAGACUGAUGCGGGGUUCGCCGGCGUUGAGCUCCGUGCGUGGGGCUCGCCGAGCGGCGUCUACGAGCUUGCCCCGGUCCCCUCUGCGUCCGACGGCGAGGCCGGGCCGGCGUGGGGUUUUGUCGCCCGGCCGCUGACGCCGGAGCAGGAGGCCAUCGCAAAGCAGGUGGCCCCCGCUGUAUUCCUCUGUUAA